AUGGAUAUCAACGGCGAGGGGUUUCGGCUUCAAGAUAAGGUGUCAAGGCUGUGCAAUUGGUGCAAGGAGGGCUCAAGAGUAGGCUGGGCUUACGCAUCAAGCAACGAAGACUACUAUUUUCAUGUGGGCUGUGUGCCGGAGAUGAUGCUGGAGGCUGGGCAAAAUGAGGGUGGCGAUGGCAGUGGCAGUGAUGAUGAUGAUGAUGGUAAGAGUGUAGCGGUGGUGAGUAAAAUGAAGCUGCAGCUGCAACGCAAUUCAAAGGGAAAUGGGGGGAGAGGAAACAAGUAUUGGCAGAUGUUGAAGUCAAUACUGAGGAUUGUAAUGUGCGUUUUAUUAGGGGAUCCAACCAUAACUCUCGCUUGUGUGGUUACAAAGUCGCUUCUCUCCAAGUAG